AUGAGAUUCCCAACAUUGUUAUUAAAUAUUGGCGUAAUAUUGAUCACAACAACGGUUUCUUGCAUCGAUAAUAAUUUAGAAAUUAUUGAUCGUUUACCCAACAAUACAAUACCAAUUCACUAUAACAUCAAUCUGACACUGUAUCUUGAAGAAGACAACUUUACUUUUCAUGGUGAAUCCAAUGUCAAUAUCAAGAUUCGUCAUAGAUCGUCCAAAAUAACCUUACACUCGAAAGAUUUAAAAAUAAAUGAGACAGCGACAACAUUGAUUAAUGACAAAGAUAGAGUUUAUAAACCGAUGACACAUAUUCAUAACGAUGAAACAAACAUUUUGACACUUAAUUUCGACGCUGUAUUGUCACCUGGUUUUUACGUCCUAAACAUGAAAUUUAUUGGUAAUCUACUUAAACCUGUGUCUCGACAAACGGGUUUUAUGAAAUUUCCGUACACAAUUGAUAAAGGAAACGAGAGAGACACUAAAUGGUUAGCUGCAACGCAUUUUGAGCCGAAUGGUGCCAGACGAACAUUUCCAUGUUGGGAUGAACCAGCGUUAAAAGCUACCUUCAACAUUUCUGUAAAGCAUCAUCAGAAGUAUGGUGUAUUGUCAAAUAUGCCAAUACGAGAGCAAUUUUUAGAACAAGAUGGCAUGAUGCGGACACACUUCGACAUCACUCCUAUAAUGUCUACUUAUAUCGUAGCGAUUGUAAUGUCUGAUUUUGUCCGCGUUCCCAACGCGGACGAAACGAUCAAUAUGUGGUGCAAGUCGUCUUUGAUAUCAAAAGUAAAAUUCGCACAUAAUAUUGCUGGAAAGGUCAUAGAGUUCUUAAUUCAAUAUACCAAUAGUUCUCAGAAGGUACCGAAAAUGGACCAUGUUUUGGUACCAGGUUUUACAAGUGGUGGCAUGGAAAAUUGGGGACUCAUUAUUUACUAUGAAUCGAAAAUUAUCUACGAUGACAGCAGCCAUCUAAUAUAUCAGAAAACAGAUGUAGCGUUGACAGUAGCACACGAACUUGCGCAUCAAUGGUUUGGCAAUUUGAUUACUCCAUCUUGGUGGUCUUACCUGUGGUUAAGCGAGGGAUUUGCUUCGUUCUUCGAAACGUACAUAAUAAACAAGAUUUUCAAAGAUUGGCGGAUGAUGGAUCUUCUUGUGAUUCGGAAAAUACAUCAUUGUUUCCUUAAAGAUAUAGGUUUAAUGAAUUCUGUCACAUUAAAACUUGGCAAUACUCUCGACAAGGAGUUAUUGUUUUCUGAUGAAGUUUAUAAAAAAGCGCCACUUUUAUUGCGCAUGUUACAUAAUACAAUUACUGAUGAGGUAUUUAGAAAGGGUCUCAUUACAUACUUGACCAAGCAUCAAUUUAGUUCGACCAGUCCAGAUGAUUUGUGGAGCGCCAUGCAAAGUGCUCUAGACGAAUCUGACGUCCCACACAAAGAUUAUAGAAUAAAAGAAGUGAUGGAUACUUGGAUGAACCAAGAGCGUUAUCCUUCUGUAGAGGUGGCGAGAAAUUACGAAACUGGUCAAGUGACACUUUCACAAACAUGUAUCAGGCAGUAUACUGGGGAAACUAAAUGGUGGAUUCCUAUAACUUUCGCUACGAAGUCCAAUCCGAAUUUCUCCAACACUGUACCUCGUUAUUGGUUACGACCAGAUCAAUAUAAUAUAAGCUUUACAAUUAAUCCAAAUGAUUGGAUUAUUAUCAACUUACAACAAACUGGGUAUUAUCGUGUUAAUUACGAUAUCAAGAAUUAUCAAAAAAUUGCACAUUAUUUAAACAGUAAAGAAUAUAAAAAUAUACACGUUCUUAAUCGUGCUCAAAUCAUUACUGAUUCGCUUGCCAUGGUGUUUGCUGAUCAAAUGAACAACGGAUAUUUAUUCAUUCAUCUGAUAAGUUAUCUCUCUCGAGAGAGAGAAUAUGCGGCAUGGCAACCAUUAUUUCAAAUGAUAGAAACUAAGUCAAAGAUUUUUUUUCUGCAAGAAUUCCAUCAUGUUAAGGUACGUAUAGUGCAACUCCUUGAGAGACUUCUUCAGUACGUAGGAUACGUAGACAAUCCUAAUGAUGAUGAUAUCACACAACUGACAAGGCUAAGCGCCUUAAAAUGGGCAUGUAUUCUUGGUCACGAGGAAUGCAAGAAAAGGACCGCACUUAAAUUAAGCAAACAUCUUGCGGAUCCCAAAACUUACAAAAUUCUACAUGACGAAGAAUUUAUGUAUUGUACUGGUAUGAUGGCAGCCAAUAGAACUACUUGGAAUAAAAUGUUGGAAUUAUAUCUAAAAAAUGAUCUAAAAGAGGAAAAAUCUAUAAAACAAAUAUUAGAAAGUUUGACUUGCGCAGAAGAUCCUGAUAUCAUCAUCAAUUAUUUAAAUAUUAUAUAUAAAUUGAAAACUUCAUUUCAUGAUAAUGAGCAUUCUCUUGUUUUCACAAAUGUUCUUGAGAAUUAUGCGCGCAACGACAAAAUCCGUGACUACGUAUUAAAAAAUUUUGAGAUUAUAAAACCAAGAUCAUUUACUAUAACUGCAACGAUAGCAAUUAUUCUUCGGAAUGUUUAUUCUAACGAACAAAUUGACAAGAUUUUUAAAUUAAAAGUAAUGUAUCUAUUGGACAUGGAGAACAUACAUCGAUGCUUACUUCAAGAUACAGGUUCAUUGAAUUCUGUUACAUUGAAGGCUUCGCUUGGCGAUAAUCUAGAUGAACUUUCGUCACAGUAUUCUACUGAACUUUAUAAAAAACCGCCAGUUUUAUUACGCAUGUUACAUAAUACAAUUACCGCUGAAGUAUUUCGAAAGGGUCUCAUUACAUAUUUGGUCAAACAUCAGUUUAGCACGGCCACUCCGAACGAUUUGUGGAGCGCCAUGCAAAGCGCUCUAGACGAAUCUGAUAUUCCGCACGAAAACUACACAAUAAAAGAAGUGAUGGAUACUUGGAUGAACCAAGAGCGUUAUCCUUUUGUACAUGUGGAGCGAAAUUACGAAACUGGAGAAGUAACAAUAUCACAAACAUGUGUCCGGCAAUAUGGUGAGACUGAGGACGAAACUAUUAAAUGGUGGAUCCCUAUAACUUUCGCUACGCAAUCUAAUCCGGAUUUCUCCAAUACUGUACCUCGUUAUUGGUUACGACCAGAUCAACAUAAUAUAAGCUUUGUAAUUAACUCAGAUGAUUGGAUUAUUGUUAAUUUGCAACUUAGUGGAUACUAUCGUGUUAGUUACGAUACCAAGAAUUGGGAAAAAAUUGCAUAUUACUUAAAUACUAAUAAGUAUGCGAAUAUACACGUUCUUAAUCGUGCUCAAAUCAUUGCUGAUUCGCAUGCCAUGGUAGUGGAUGAUCGAAUAGGUGGCUACUUAUUCCUUCAAUUGGUAAGCUAUCUCAAGCGAGAUAAAAAUGGUGUAGCAUGGCAACCAUUGUUAGAUAUUAUACAAACUAUGCCGAAGCCUCUUUUACUGCCAGAAAUGAAACAUGUCAAGAAACGCUACAGGAAACUCCUCCAUAAGCUUCUUCGGCACGUAAAAUACGUAGGAAAUCGUAAUGAUGACGAUGUGACAAAAAUGAUAAGGCUAACCGCCUUAAAAUGUGCAUGUGACCUUAAUAACAAGAAAUGCAAGAAAUUGAUCGCGCUUAAAUUAAGCAAACAUCUCGCGGAUCCCAAAACUUACAAAAUUCUACGAGGGGAAAAAUUUAUGUACUGUACCGGUAUGAUGGCAGCCAAUAGGACUACUUGGGAUAAAAUGCUCGAAUUAUAUUUAGAAGGAAAACUAAAAGAGAAACCAGAAAGAUUAUUGAUGGGCUUGAGUUGCGCUGAAAAUCCUAAUAUCAUCAUUAACUAUUUAAACAUAUUAGCAUUCAAUACUUCAUUAUUUGAAGAUAAUGACCAUUCUCGUGUCUUCAAAUAUAUUCUUAAGCGGCAUGUGCGCAAAAAUAAAAUCCUUAAGUACAUAUUAAAGAAUUUUGAGGCUAUAAAACCUAAAUCACUUAGUACACAUGCAGUGAUAAAACUUAUUCUUGACAAUGUUUAUUUUUUUAAACAAAUUGACAAGGUGGAAAAAUUCUCACAAACUAAUUUCAAACAACAUCCAAACACUUUGUGUGAAAUUAAAAAAUUAAUAGACUAUAGUAAAGAAUAUCUUUGGAAAGUCAUACACGAUAUUAAAAGGAAAUAUUAUAUAUAUAAAGAAUUCAAUAUGAUAUUCCUAAAGUUGUUAUUAAGUAUUGGUCUAAUACUGGCCACAAAAACGGUUUUUUGCAUCGAUAAUGAUUUAAAAAUGAUUGAUCGUUUACCCAACAACACGAUACCAGUUCACUAUAACAUCAAUCUGACAUUGUAUCUUGAGGAAGGCAACUUUACUUUUUAUGGUGAAUCCAAUGUCAAUAUUGAGAUUCGUUAUACAUCGUCAGAAAUAAUCCUACACUCGAGAGAAUUAGAAAUUAAUGAAGAGGCGACAACAUUAAUUAAUAACAAAAGUACAGUUUAUAAACCGAUGAAACAUACUCAUAACAGUGAAACGAACAUUUUGACACUUAAUUUCAAUGAUGCAUUGUUACCCGGUCUUUACAUCUUGAACAUGAAAUUUUCUGGUAAUCUACUUAAACCUGUACCUCAGCGAAGAGGUUUUAUGAAAUUCCCGUACGCAAACGAUAAAGAAAACGACACUAAGUGGUUAGCCGCAACAUAUUCCAAGCCGAAUGCAGCCAGACGAAUAUUUCCAUGUUGGGACGAACCAGCGUUAAAAGCCACCUUUGACAUCUCCAUAAAGCAUUAUCAGAAUUACAGCGUAUUAUCGAAUAUGCCAAUAUUAGGACAAUUUUUGGAACAAGAUGGCAUGUUACGGACACACUUUUACGUCACUCCUGUAAUGUCUACUUAUACCGUGGCGAUUAUGAUGUACGAUCGUAAUGAUUUUGUCCGCUUUCCUAACCGAAAUGGGACCAUCAAUAUAUGGUGCAAAUCGUCUUUAACAUCGAAAGUAAAAUUUGGACUGAGUAUUGCUGAAAAGAUCGUGGAAUUCUUAAUUCAAUAUACUAAUAGUUCUCAGAAAGUACCGAAAAUGGACCACGUCUUGAUACCGUCUUUUACAGUUAGCGGUAUGGAAAAUUGGGGACUUAUCAUUUAUCGUGAACCAAAUGCUAUCUAUGACAAAAGCGAUCCAAUAAAUAAAAAAACACAAGUUGCAUUAAAAAUAGCAUAUGGACUUACACAUCAAUGGUUCAGCAAUUUGGUCACUCCGAUACGCUUGAAGCAACUCUUCGACAAGCUUUUUCAGUACAUAGGAUACGUAGAAAGACCUAAUGAUGACCAUAUCACAAAACUGACAAGGCUAUACGCCUUACAAUGGGCAUGUAUUCUUGGUCACGAGGAAUGUAAGAAAAUGACCGCAGUUAAAUUAAGUGAACAUCUCGCUCACAAUGAAAUUCACAAAAUUUCACUAUUUAUGUACUGUACUGGUAUGAUGGCAGCCAAUAGGACUACUUGGAAUAAAAUGUUGGAAUUAUAUCUAAAAAAUAAUUUAAAAAAGGAAAAAUCUGGAAUACAAAUAUUCGAAAGUUUGAGUUGCAUUGAAGAUCCUGAUAUCAUCAUAAAUUAUUUAAACAUGGCAGCAUGGAAUACUUCAUUAUUUUCCAAUAUAGAAUUACUUACUAUGCCUGCAAUAAUAAAACUUAUUCUUGAAAAUAUUUACGCUAACGAACAAGUUGAUAAGUCCAUAUAGUACAGAAUCUUACAACAACAUUUGUAUAACGAUGCAAUAUUACUGCAAUAUUACUGGAUUUAUCUGUGCUAA